AUGGACCCUGAUUCUCAAGCGGCUGACACACUACCUGCUGAUCUCGUUGACUUUCCCUAUGGGUCAGAAAGUUUUUUUCACGUUGGGGAGACACCACUUGUAUGCUGGCAAGCAGUGGGCGAUGACCAAAGACAAUGCGAGUGGAGUGUGCCACAUUUGUUUUCUGGUUUGAGGAUACUGGCAUCUAUCGAUGAGGAGGUAGAGGAAGGCUGCAAAUUUGAGGAUCUAACAUGGUCAGAAAAAAUGCGUAGAGCACGAUUGUGGAAAAAGUCCUGCAAAGCGAGUUGGAACAAAACCCAUGGUUUAUUAUGGCCCGGUGUGGACCCCCCUGAUCUACUGCUACCCAUGGCUGUUUCUAAGCGCAAAAGGGAGGAACAGCAGGAGCAGAACAACUCGUACUUCACAGAGUCUACGCUUCCUACCUCGAUGCUGUUUUCUGCAUUAUGUUCCCAGAUCACUCAGCAUAGAUUGAGAACCAGGUCGAGAUAUGCUGCGUGCAGACUGUUGUAUGACAUUCUGAAAAAGCUCACUGGAACAGGAAAAAUGAAAGUUGCAUUCACAGCCGAGGGUAGAUUGUACAACAUUGCAAUUCCAAGAAGUGGUUUGGUGAACUCCUCUAUCAUUGGUAGCUUCAUGGAUGAUGCGGUAUCCCUUUCAGAUGUCAAACGAUCUUGGCGGAAAGAUGCGCAGGAUGCUGACAAAACGUGGAUCUAUGGAAACUGGGGGUCUCAGACUGAUUAG